UGGCAAGGCGAGGAGGCCAUUCGUGUUCAGACCUUAUCAGUUGAGAAUCGUCCGUGAUUGAGGCCGGCUCACACGUGAUACCGGCUAUCGCUUGCGGAUUUAAACUGCCCAUAUCUCUGUCUUCCUUUAGUUCUUGGGUGCAGCUCGUCUCGCCUCAAUCUGGUGAAUCAUGUCUGCUAAGGCAAUCAGAGAAGCUACCGGAAAAGACUUAAUAAACAGGCAUCUGAAAUCACCCAAGUUAGCACACGCCAAAUGUAGGUUUGCCACCUUCACUGAUGAAACCAACUGGGAGGAUUUAAUCCAACAAAACCCAUGGCUCAAGACUGAAAAACUGGUAGUUAAGCCCGAUCAGCUUAUAAAGAGGAGAGGGAAGCUGGGACUGAUAAAAGUAAAUACAGAUCUAGCUGGUGUCAAGAAAUGGAUCUCAGAACAUAUGGGAAAAGAUCAAGAGGUUGGACGUGCGAAAGGAAAGUUGAGAAAUUUCAUAAUUGAACCAUUCAUCCCACACAAACAAGAAGAAGAGGCAUACGUCUGCAUUUAUUCACACAGAUAUGCUGAUACUAUUCUCUUUCAUCAUGAAGGAGGUGUCGACAUCGGAGAUGUUGAUGCUAAAGCUCUUAAACUCGAUGUACCUAUCGGAGGCUCAGUUACUGCCGAUGAGAUAAAAGCAAAACUUCUUGUAAAAAUGCCCGCUGCCAAGCAGAAGAUUGUUGCAGAUUUCGUAGCUGCUCUUUACAAUCUUUAUGUUGACCUGUACUUCACAUACCUUGAGAUUAACCCGUUAGUCGUCACUGACAGCAUAUACAUGUUAGACCUCGCCGCGAAGGUCGACUCAACAGCCGAUUUUAUCUGCAGAUCAGCGUGGGGAAAUAUUGAAUACCCACCACCAUUCGGAAGGGAUGCCUUCCCAGAAGAAGCAUACAUUGCUGAUUUGGAUGCCAAGAGUGGUGCCUCUCUUAAGUUGACCAUUCUGAAUAAGUCUGGUAGGAUCUGGACGAUGGUGGCCGGUGGAGGUGCUUCCGUAAUUUACAGCGAUACUAUAUGCGACCUAGGUGGGGCCCAGGAACUUGCUAAUUAUGGUGAGUACUCCGGAGCACCUUCCGAACAGCAGACCUACGAGUAUGCUAAAACUAUCCUCUCUCUCAUGACUCAGGAGAAACAUCCAAAAGGAAAGGUUCUGAUAAUUGGCGGAGGUAUAGCCAACUUCACUAAUGUUGCUGCCACUUUCAAAGGUGUCGUCACUGCAUUGACAGAAUUCCAGUCGAAACUUCUGGAACACCAAAUUUCUAUUUAUGUCAGAAGGGCUGGCCCUAACUAUCAAGAAGGGCUUAGAAUAGUUCGUGAUGUUGGCAAGACUUUGAAGAUUCCAAUUUUCGUUUUUGGACCUGAAACCCACAUGACUGCCAUCGUUGGUAUGGCACUUGGGAAAAAACCAAUCCCUAAAGAAGCUGAACAAGAGUUCGCCACAGCUAAUUUUUUGCUUCCUGGUGGCCAAGACCAGAGAUCACCUUCACCACAUAAGCAUGAACCUAUAACUGAUGGAUUGUGCAGAAGAACUUCGAGUAUUCAAGAACCAGAAAGUUACAAACCAUUAUUCACUUCUGAAAGCAAAGCUAUCAUCUGGGGUAUGCAAACCAGAGCUGUCCAGAGCAUGUUGGAUUUCGACUUUGUUUGCCGGCGAGAUGAACCUUCUGUAGCCUGCAUGGUUUAUCCCUUUACUGGAUUUCAUAAGUUGAAGUUCUACUGGGGCCACAAGGAAAUUCUUAUCCCAGUAUAUCCUAAGAUGGAAGAUGCUAUAAAUAAGCAUCCCGGUGCUGAUGUUCUUAUUAACUUUGCAUCACUACGGUCAGCUUAUGACAGCACUAUUGAGACAUUGAAGUUCUCCCAGAUUCGAGUGAUUGCUAUCAUCGCUGAGGGUAUUCCAGAGAACAUGACAAGGAAGCUGAUUCAGAUGGCACAAGAAAAAGGAGUCUCAAUCAUUGGACCGGCUACUGUUGGUGGUAUCAAGCCUGGUUGCUUGAAGAUUGGUAAUACUGGAGGCAUGAUGGACAACAUUCUUCAUUCCAAACUCUACCGACCUGGCAGUGUUGCAUACGUAUCAAGAUCUGGAGGUAUGUCAAAUGAAUUGAACAAUAUCGUCUCAAAGGCCACUGACGGGGUCUAUGAAGGUGUUGCCAUUGGUGGUGAUCGGUACCCAGCAACAACUUUUAUGGACCAUAUUAUGAGAUACGAGGCAGAUCCUUCGGCCAAAAUGAUUGUCCUUUUGGGUGAAGUUGGUGGUGUAGAAGAAUACGAGGUUUGUCAAGCUAUCAAGGAUGGACGUCUUACAAAACCACUUGUCGCUUGGUGCAUUGGAACUUGUUCUUCUAUGUUCUCUUCAGAAGUUCAAUUUGGUCAUGCUGGAUCUUGUGCCAACUCUGACCGAGAAACUGCUUCAGCUAAAAACGCUGCAUUGAAAAUGGCUGGUGCUAAGGUACCAGGUUCAUUUGAUGAACUCGGCGAUGUUAUCCAUGAAGUUUACACAGCUCUUGUAAAGUCCGGAGAAAUCGAGCCCCAACCUGAAGUUCCUCCACCAACAGUCCCCAUGGACUACAAUUGGGCAAGGGAACUUGGACUCAUCAGGAAACCAGCAACUGUCAUGACCAGUAUUUGCGAUGAGAGGGGUCAAGAACUGUUGUAUGCUGGCAUGCCCAUCAGUGAUGUUCUUAAGCAAGAAAUGGGAAUUGGUGGAGUGAUAUCUCUACUUUGGUUCCAAAGAGCCCUUCCCCCUUACAUUUGCAAAUUCUUCGAAAUGUGCUUGAUGGUGACUGCUGACCACGGGCCCGCCGUAUCUGGUGCUCAUAACACCAUCGUCUGUGCCAGGGCUGGCAAAGAUCUUAUUUCAUCUCUUGUCUCAGGUCUCCUUACUAUUGGAGAUAGGUUUGGUGGUGCCCUCGAUGGCGCUGCAAAACAAUUUUCAGAAGCUUAUGAUUCUGGGCUCAUCCCCAUGGAGAUGGUCAACUCGAUGAGGAAGAAAGGCCAGCUCAUCAUGGGUAUCGGGCAUAGGAUUAAAUCUGUCAGUAACCCAGAUAUGAGGGUUAAAAUCAUCAAAGAAUACGUACAACAAAACUGGCCUGCUACACCCUUACUGGAUUACGCCUUGGAAGUUGAGAAAAUCACAACUUCAAAGAAACCCAAUUUGAUUCUCAAUGUGGAUGGUGUCAUUGCUGUUUCUUUUGUAGAUCUUCUCAGGCACAGUGGAAGUUUUACUAGGGAAGAAGCUCAAGAAUAUAUUGAAAUGGGUGCAAUAAACAGUCUUUUCGUUCUUGGAAGGAGCAUAGGUUUUAUUGGUCACUUCAUGGACCAGAAGAGGUUGAAGCAAGGACUUUACCGACAUCCUUGGGAUGACAUAUCGUACGUCCUUCCAGAGCAGUAUAACUGAACAACCUUAGUGUAUAUAUAAUAGACUCAUUCCCUCAAAAGUGUUUAUAGCCUAUCAUACGAGUGUUUUUAUUAUUUUAUUUACUUAAAUACACUUUUUAAAAUAUUUUUUAAUAUUAUAUAGAAUUUGUGCCAAGCAUAAGAAUUGUUUGGUUGAUCGUGUUCAUCAGUAUAAGUUAUAAAAUUGUAUUGUCCAAAAUUGUAUAAAUGAGUGAUUUUUAAAUAUUAGCUAUUCGCAUUUAUUUAACUGUCAUUCCAUAUUCAUUUAUCAUGAAUUUAUUUAUGUUACAUAAAUGGAAAUUGUAUAAGAUCUGACUAUUUUUAUUCCCAUGUGGCGAUGUGGUAUUUGUUACGUGCUGUAAUAAAAUGUGUUAUUGUUUUAGUGUUGAAAACAUGUUUCAAAAUAUACAUCCUUGUUAAUGAAAAUAAUUAUUCAAAUUUUUCUAUUGAAGUGGCUAAGUUCAUUUCACUAAGAUAAAUUUAAAAAAAAUUAUUAUAAAUUUAUUGUUGCAUUUAAAUAUGUUUAGUAUAUGAUAUUCAGGAAAUUAUCACUUAUUCUUCUUCUUUUGCCACCUCCUUUGUGCCAUCAGCGUGGAGGAACAGCCCUCGACCCAUCUUGUCCACUGAUCCCUGUCUCUGACCAUCCUUCUCAUAUCCACCAUGGUGCUACUUCUGGCUUGCCCGAGUCUCUCCAUGUAGUCACAAUACAACAGCCUUGGUGGGGCCUCUCUCUAGGUCCUCUUCCCUUUGGUUUUGCUUCUAGGAACCAUUUUGCCUUUCAGUUAUCACCCAUCUGGUACACAUGGCCAAACCCACUUCAUUUGGUUAUUGACUUGUUUUACAGGCCUUCUGUUCAGUUCCUCUCAUUCUUCCAGUGGUCUCUUCAUGUUUUUCCAAGAACUCUCCUGAGGUAUCUUAUUUCUAUAGCUGUUACUUUACUUUACUUGCAUGUUUGUCCAGGACCGUCCAGCUCUUUGCACCAUACAAAAGUCCAGUAUCCCACUGUUGCUCUGGGUGUCCUUCGCUUAUAAAACUUCCAUACUUCAUCCAUGCAAAUGAUGAAUAGUAAUGCUGUCAAUUUUUAAGUCCUUUAUUGAAACGUUAGAUAUAAAGAACUUAAAAAUUGACUAUCUAUCGCCCAUGACUAUUUGGUAUGUUUAAAUUGGUUCUGAUUGCUAUAUUUCAUAUUUAAUCUUUUCUUUUUUAUGUUUUCCUGAAGCAUUCCAUCUCAUCCCAGUGCCUUCUUGAAUGUUACUUUGUUAACUUUUUUGUGAAAAUCCAUGUUAUAUCUCCUUAGAAAAUAUUAAGGUGAAGGUGUAUUUACAUAAAAUGUAUUAUAAUUCCCUUGGAAGUUAAAACAUUCAACAUGUUUGGACUAUUCCAAUAUUUAAUUUUACUAAAUUUAAAAGUUUAACCCUUUGACUGUGGCAGCUCAUUUGAGUGUUUCUACCCAAAAUCCAGAAAAAUGGAUUUUUUUUUGUUUGCAUAAAUUUGUUUAAAAUACUAUUUUGAGCCAUCCUCCAAGAUCUUCAAUUCCAAAAAUGCAUUUUAACUUUUUUAUUUAACUUUUAAUAAAUGGGACAUAUGUCUUCCUGGCCGCACAUGGCAUUGAAAAACUAGAUUACAUAUUUACUCAUUUUUGAAAAGCAAAAUAACUGAAAAUUUUCAUAAAAAUGAAAUUAUAUUAUUUCUAAUAAAGGACACCGACGGCAGGAUUCGAAUUAAAUAUUCCUUUGUAUAUACAAUUUUUUUCUUACCUAAAAAAGUUCCAUAUUGAAACAGCGCAGUUUUAAUUUAAUGCUAAUUAACUUAUUAAUAUUUACUUGAUGUAUAAAACAUUUAAAUAUUAUAUAAAUAAGAUCAUGUAUAUGGCACAAAUAACAGAGGAAGGAUAUACCUCGGGUUUAGAAUAAAUCUGCAACUGAUAGCUUUCAAACUAACAGAAUGCACUGAUUCAACUACACAGGACUAAUGAAUGCACGGACCAAGUCACAAGUCAAAUGAUGAAGACAGGACUUCCCGCUACCUCUUUAAGUGGCGACAGCCAAGGUGGGAAGUAUAUCCCGGCCGCGCCAGUGUCCCAACUCCUAACGGGAAGGCAUGUAUCCCGUCCGCAGUCAAAGAGUUAACCAGUAGUAAAGUCUCUAGAUGCGAGAUAUAAGGUAGUUUAAAUUAAAAUUAAAUGUAAAUUAACUAAAAUAAAAUAUUUUUUUCCAAAUUUGUAGAAAAUAAAUUUCUGUUAACUACAGUACCUGAUUCAUGAAGUUCGAGAUGCCAUUAUCCAACUAGUUAAUUUAUAGUUGCAACAAUCUUGUGUUUCCAAAUAUACAUAAAUUAUAUGCCUAUGCAAAUGAAGCACCAAUAAAAUCAUUUACUAUACUUUAAGUUUAACUGAAUCCUUUAAUUCCUUUGAUUAAAAGAAGAUUAUUGGUGAGUAAUGAAUGUUAUUAAGUACCCAACACUUGUUAGCAAUAUAAAAAAAGAUAAAAGCACAUUAGAAUAAUUAAUUUUAGCCUAUUAAUAAAGCAACUGAAUUAGAGACAUUGAAUGAUUUAAAAUUAAAAUAUUGUUUAUUAUAAAUAAUUUAAGAAAUAAAUUGAGAAGGAAUUUUUUGGGGGAGAAGAUCGCAUCAUUGACCGAGGACGACUAAUGUCUUAAGUCAGCACUUAUUGUGUGCAAGAAUACAUAAUCAGGGCCAAGCCAUGGUGUGGGUAGUAGUAUAAUAUCAGUUAUAAAUAAUUUAAAUUACUAGUUGGCUUGGAAUUCAAUGUUUCAAUAUAAUAUCUUUUGAACUGGCCAAUUAUAUUGUAUUAAAAAACUUAUUUAGUACUAUUACCUCAAGAUCGUCUAAAAAAUAAUUUAAAAUCCAUUCAAAUGUUAAGGAAACAUUAUUGUCUUAUAUUAAAACUGCCCAAUGUCUGCUGUGAGCUUACAUAUCAUUAAUAUGCUUAUAAAUUUUUGUGAAGUAUAAUGGAAUAAUAAAAUUAUAUUGAACAAAUGUAUACUCUUAAUUUAAUUUUAUGUGAAUACAUAUAUGAAUGGAAAUUGUGCUGGAUAAAGAUUAUUCUCAUUUAUGGAAUGAAGAGGAUUUAACAAGUUAAUAAGAAAAAAUAGUUGUUCUAAUUCCAGAUAAUUGUACAUGUGUUAUAAUGUUUUCAGUUUUCUUACUCAUGUAUAACAGAGUCUAAAAUUAAAUUGUGAAGUGUAGUAUUUUGCUUGGUUAUUAAGCUUAAAAUACAUAAAUAACCAAAAACCUAGAAAUUUUAGGGUUUAAAAUUUUUUACUUAAAUGCUAAAAGAAUUCUUUGAAUAUUUUAAGUAUGUUAUUGGUAAGUUUCAACUUUUUAAAAAAAUUAAUUAUAAUGAAAGAACUUCAUUUUUGUCAUAUCUA